AUGGUAAGUGCAAGCCAAAUUGUAGAAUUACAAUAUGAAUUACAAAAUAUUGUUGUUAAUCAAAUGAAACAACAACAAAAGCUAAUAGAAAUGAACGAGAGAAAAGAACACAUGAAAUCAUCAGUAAAAUUACCCAAACUAGACUUACUACCUUACGGUGGAGAUAAACUUAAGUGGUUGGAGUUUUGGGAUUCAUUUGAGUGUACAAUCCAUAAAAAUAAAAUGCUCUCAAACGUCGAGAAGUUUACAUAUCUAAGGAAUAAGUUGUACGGGGAAGCAAAACGGGCCAUAAUGGGUAUUGCCCUUACUGAAGAAAAUUAUGAUGUGGCAAUCGAAAUUCUGAAAGAUCGUUUUGGAAAUAUACAAGAAGUGAUUGACUUGCACUAUAACCAGAUGAUAAAUUUGUAUCCAGCAAGCAACAAAACAGAAAGUUUGAGAAUACUUUUGGACAAAGUCGAAAAACAUCUUAGAAGUCUAGAAGUGCUUCAUCAAAAUAUCAAUCAGGACGUAUUUGUUUCAAUGAUACGUUCAAAACUUCCUCAAGAUGUGUUGCUUCAACUAGAAAUUCAAAAAGGAACAGUGGAUAAGUGGACUGUCACAACCCUUAGAGACAAACUCAGAUGUUAUGUAACAGCUCGUGAGAAAGCAGAGAAAAAACCAUCAAUAUCAGAUUCAAGUAGAAAUCGAUCAAAUGAGAAUUCUCUGAGUCGACAUACGCCGAAAGGGAGAGAUGGUCACGGAAACAAGUUUCGAGAACCAAGUUUUUUACACAAUUCUGGAAAACUAGGUUCUGCCGAGGCUCUAGUUACUACCGAACAAAGGAAGUCAGUAAACACGAAGUUUAACAAAUGUCGAUAUUGUGAAAAGGGACACUGGAGUGACGAAUGUCCUACUUUUCGCACAAUUGAUGAAAGAAAAAAGAAGUUAAAGGGAAGCUGUUAUAAGUGUUUGAAAGUGGGACAUUCUUCAGAUGAAUGUAAAGGGAAUAAAAGUUGUGUAUACUGUAGUGGACUAAACGUUCACCAUCGUAGUUUGUGUACAAACAAAUUCAAAUCGACAGACGUUUGUGCGGUUAGUUCAGAGACUACAGGCUCUUCUAAGAAUAGUGAAAUACGUGAGGAAAACGUGCUAAUUUCAUCUGGUGAAAUGGUUUUAAUGCAAACAGCAAGAGCGGAAGUGCAAAACCCCAAAGGAACAGCCAGAGAACACGCACGAAUACUACUUGAUUCUGGAUCCCAGAGAACUUACAUUACACAGUCAUUAGCCAAGAAGCUCGGUGUAGAGAAAGGCAAGGAAGAAGAAAUAAAGCUAGUCACAUUUGGUUGUGAUAAACCGAAGAUUAUUAAAACAUAUGCCACACAAUUGUGCUUAAAGUUAAAAAAUGGAGAGUAUAUUGAAAUCAGUGCAAAUAUUGUUCCAGUCAUAAGUGAGAACAUACAGCAAAGACAAAUAAACAUGUCUACAGAUGAAAACUUAAAGCACCUAUUGAAAAGUUUAGAUAUGGCUGAUACACUUGAACCAGCAGAAACAUCAGCAAAUGUAGACUUGCUAUUAGGAAACGAUUAUUACCUGGAUAUUGUUAUGUUACAAAAGAUUCAGGUUACAUCAGGACUUUACCUACUAGCAUCAAAGUUAGGCUGGAUACUUACAGGCAGAACAAAGGAAACACGCGAAAAUGAAAAUGAAACAAACAUGCUAAUUCUUACACACGGAACAAAUAUCAGUGCAACAAAGGUGUUUUCAAGUGUCGACUCGAUUGUUCCAACAAAGCCAGAUUUGGAUGACUUUUGGAAGAUCGAAUCCUUGGGAAUUACUAAAUGUGAAAAUCAAAGUCAAAUAAGUGAUAAGGUUGCUCUGGCGAUAUUCAAAGAGACGUUGAGAUAUAAAAAUGGAAUGUACUUUGUGACCUGGCCAUGGAAAGAAGAAAAUCCAGAACUACCGGAAAAUAGACAUCUUGCAUUCUCAAGGUUGAAAACAAAUAUAGCAAGAAUGAAAAACAAGCCUGAGAUUCUUGAGAAAUACAACACCGUGAUACAGGAACAACUUAGCAAAGGUGUAAUUGAAAAGGUAGAUAACAACACGAAAAAUGGAGCGAUACAUUAUAUUCCACACCAUGCUGUGAUUACUCCACAAAAAACUACAACGAAAUUACGUGUAGUGUAUGAUGCAUCUGCGAAAGUUAGAAAAGAGAACAAAAGUUUGAACGAAUGCUUGUAUCGAGGCCCAGUAAUACUAAGUGAUCUUUGUGGAUUAUUAAUGCGCUUCAGGUUACAUAAAGUGGCAGUGGUUUCAGAUAUAGAGAAGGCCUUUUUACAAAUCGGGCUACAAGAAAACCAGCGGGACGUGACAAGAUUUCUCUGGAUAAGAGACAUAAAACGGCCUUUUGUAAAUAAAGAAAAUGUACAGGAGUACAGAUUUUGUCGUGUUCCAUUUGGUGUUAUUUCCAGUCCUUUUUUGUUGGGAGCAACUAUUGAAAGUCACCUGGAAUCUUAUAACAACAGUAUUGCCAACAAAAUCAAAGAUGACAUCUACGUGGAUAAUGUGAUUACGGGCACUGACACAUGGCAAGAAGCACUUGAUUUGUAUAGUGUAAGUAAAAGGAAAUUUAGUGAAGCCUCCAUGAAUUUAAGAGAAUGGGCUUCAAAUAGUUCUGACCUAUUAGAAUCAAUUGCAUCAGAGGACAAAGCAAAACAUUCGGUUAUCAAAAUAUUAGGACAUACCUGGGACACUAAAAAUGAUACACUUAGUGUAAGUGUACCACAGUCCUUGAGUGAAAUAAACAGCUUAACAAAAAGAAUCAUUUUGAAACAGAUUGCUUCUGUUUUUGAUCCACUGGUGUUGUUAAGUCCAGUUUUGUUAAAAGGAAAAAUUCUCUUGCAAACUAUAUGGAAGAGAAAAUUUGACUGGGACGAUCCACUAGAAGAAAUCGAUAUUCUUGAUACCUGGUCGAGCGUGAAAAAGAACCUAGAAGAGAUAACAGCAUUCACAUUUUCUCGGUCCAUGGCAGUGUAUACGUGUAGGCAAAAUACUGAAUACACCUUAUUGUGUUUUUGUGAUGCAUCCGCAGACGCCUACGCUACGUCAAUAUAUCUUCAUCAAAAAGGUGAAUCAGACACACAAGUGAAUCUAGUGUUUGCUAAAAGCAGACUGGCUCCUUUAAAAGAAAUAACUAUACCCAGAUUAGAAUUGAUGGCUGUUCUUAUAGGUGUCCGAUGUUUGAAAUUUGUGCGUGAUCAACUGAAGUUAGAUAUUAAAAACAUGUACGUGUGGACGGAUUCUCAGUGUGUUAUUCAGUGGAUUAAAUCAUAUAAAGAUCUGCCCAUAUUCGUGAGAAACAGAGUUAGUGAAAUAAAGGCAGAUGAAAAAAUAAAGUUUGAAUAUAUUUCAGGAGAUCAGAAUCCGGCGGACGUAGCUUCUAGAGGUUGUUCCUUAACAAAACUUAGUGUUUUUGAAUUAUGGUGGAAUGGUCCAUGGUGGCUUUAUGAGCAAGAAAGCACUUGGUUGAAACACAGCGGCAACGUAUGUGAAAGAAAUUCCUGCGCAAAAGAGGAAAUAAAUGAUUCAGAAAAUGUUAUGAUACAAAUUUCUACCCGUGAAAAUAAAAAUUCUUGUGUGUUUUCAUCUCCUUUUGAAAUCGACAGUGAAAAAUAUUCUUCUGUUACAAAAAUGCUAAGAGUGACAGCUUUGGCUCUAAGAUUUAUACAAAAAAUACGCAAGUUACCUUACACAAAUGGAAGCUUGAAAAGUUCUGAAAUGAAAACUGCAGAAGAAAUGUGGUUACUACAUGUUCAAAGAAAACACUUUGCUGAUGAAUUUGAGUCAAUUAGAAGUGCAAAGAAAAACAAUCUGCAACAACAAUUAGGUCUUUAUAUUGAUGAAGUUGGACUACUGCGAUGCAAAGGCAGAUUAGAGAAUGCGGAUAUCAGUGAAAAUGCCAAACAUCCAGUACUUCUGCCAAGAAAAGAUCGUUUGACAUAUCUUUUCAUUGACAAAAUACACAAAGAAAUUCUGCAUAGUGGUGUUUCCCAAACGUUAGCAAAAACAAGACAAAGAUUCUGGAUUCCACAUGGUCGAGCAACAAUAAAGUCUGUUCUACAUAUGUGUACAGUGUGUCGCCGCUUUGACGGAGGUCCUUAUAAGAUGCCGCCGAUGCCGUCUUUACCUCCAUCUAGAGUGACAGAAUGUAGGCCAUUUUCACGAACAGGUUUAGAUUACUUGGGUCCUAUCUAUGUGAAAUCAAAUGAUACACCAAAGAAAGUGUGGGUUUGUUUAUUCACCUGUCUCGUGACUAGAGCCGUGCAUCUUGAAGUCGUGCUUGAUAUGUCUACUGAAGAAUUUUUAAUGUGCCUGAGACGAUUUAUUUCUCAAAGAGGCACCCCUGUUCAGUUGAUCAGUGAUAAUGGCGGAGCAAAGUAA